AUGGAGGAGCGUGCUGCCCUCCUGCGAGAGGCAAAGCGCCUCGCCAUCAUCAAGGAGCUGAGGGACCUGAGGCUCUCAGACCCCUCAGUGCCCCUGGUAUCUGAACUGGACCUUGAUCAACUCAACGACAACCCGCUGAUGGAGAUGGAUGAGGCUGGGGUUGUCAGCCCCAGAGCAGGUCUGUCCUGUAGACAGGUGUGUGGCUGGUGUACUGCAGAAGUCGCCGGCUCCUACAGCCAGAGCCCCGUUUGCCAUCGGGUCAUGACCCCAGGGGGGUUGGGGUACGACCCAAUGCCCAUAGUGCACCACGUGGAGGUGGGGUUGGUUUUGCACUACUGGUGGGAGAGGCUGGAGGCCCGCCUCACCAGUCUGGAGCGCUCCCACGCCCUUCUUUUAAAGAAGUGGCGGUCCCUCCAGGCUGCCCCGGCUCCCGUGGCCCCCACGUCUGCUCAGAAGGGGGAGCACGUGGGCAAGCUACAGAACGCCGACUUCCUGUAUGAAUCCCUCAUUGAGGAUUACAGACUGUUCCGGCUCAGGGCGCGGACCAGGCCAAAGGACCUGGACAACGCCAAGCAGUCAGCCAGCCACUCCCUGAGGUUCUGCCGGUACAUGGCCCAGGGAGUGGCGGCUGACUGCCUGACCAGGAGCGUCAGGUUCCUGAACCGCCUGGACCACCUGCGUGGGUGA